AAGAAGAAGAAGAAGAAGGGAGGCAGAGCUGAGUGUGAGAGCAAGUGACUAGUUCCUAUUAGUUGCUACUGCAUCAAUAAAAAGGCCUCCUUUUGUCCGAUUCAGUGCAGUUGUCCAGUGAGCAGCAAAGAGCUCAGUUUGGUGUGGUCACUCAAUCGGGUGACAAUUGGUAAUUUCUUUUUGGAGUAAUACCCAAAGUAAGAUUAAUAGAGAGAAAGAAAGCAAAUAAAAAAAAUAUCAACAGGUCUCCUACACACACACACACACAUAAUGAGUUUCAACUGAUUAUUACUCUCAAAUGGUACCAAGUUACAAUAUUAAAUAGUCCCCAAGACAGAACAGACAGCUUCCAGUGAAGGACCAGAUAACAACAGAAAGAUGUACAGGUUAGCCAGACAGGUGAGCUUCCUGGUUUAUGGCUUAUGCCUUCUGGUAGUUAGCCUGGAAGCUAGCUGUCCAGAUGGUUGCAGGUGUAGUGGAGACAGAAUUGACUGUCCUGUCCCAGAGGAGUUUUUUAACUUACUGGGAUGUGAUUUGAAAAAACUAGAUAGAGACAGAUUGGAAAAUAUUCACGAAAUCAAACAGUUGUGUUUGACACAAAAUCAGUUGCGGUCAAUUAAUUCCAACCUGUUCCGAUCAUUUUUAGACCUUCGCAAACUCGACCUAACAAACAACCAGAUAUCAACCAUCAGUGAACAGGCAUUUGAAAGACUUGCAGAACUUCAAGGACUCGUUCUCUUCAAAAACAACGUAUAUGAUAUUAAAAACCUUUUCAAAAGAAACACUAAACUAACAUUUCUCAAUCUAGGAUCAAACCAGAUCACAGAAAUAGGAGAGAAUGACUUUCAGAACCUAUCAAAGCUGAAGUACCUGGAUUUGACCUCAAAUCAAAUAACUACAAUUAAUCCAAAAGCAUUUGAGCCGCUGGUGAGUUUAUGUUAUUUGAUUCUUCAAAACAACAAACUUAUCGAUUUCAGUGUGCUGGAUUUUACACUGAAAUCUCUGCGUGUAGCUGACUUCACAAACAAUAGACUGGAACGAGUGCCAAAGGGACUGCCAGAAAGUAUCACUGACCUCCGGUUUGGCAAAAACAACAUUACGAAAAUUGGGAAAAGUGACCUAAAGCGCAUUUCAGCACUACAAUUAUUGACACUUAAUGAAAAUCAAAUUAAUUCUAUUCAUGACAAUGCAUUCAAUGGUCUUGAUAAUGUGAAGGAACUUUGGCUCAAUUCUAACGAGUUAUUUACACUGCCAACAAAACUGCCAAAGAACUUAGUCAAAUUGGCCAUCAAUUCAAAUUUAAUCAGUAGGAUUGAAAGAUAUUCAUUUCUGAAGAGCCCUCUCAUAGAAGAGCUAACACUGGAGACAAAUAAAAUCACUGAGAUUGAGCCUGAAGCAUUCAGUAAGUUGUCAAUGUUGAAAGACCUGAAUCUUCAAAGUAAUCAACUACAUACACUAACAACAGGAAUCUUCAAAGACCUGCCAAAUUUGGUCAGCCUAAGACUGGCAAAUAAUCCGAUAGCAACUGUUCAGAGGCGAGCCUUUGAAUCCCUGCCAUCACUGCACACACUGGAUAUAUCUUAUGGAGAAUUAGAAAGUGCAAGAGUGCAGAUGGAUCUCUUCCAAGAAAUGCCAAAUCUACAGGAAUUCAAUCUGAUGAACAGCCCCGGUCUAUGUAAAAGUCUGCUGGACCGAGUCAGAAAUGGCCAGAUUGAAACAACACAAUCAGUUCAAAAAAUUGAUUUUCGAUACAACAUCCUCAAAAACUUGCCGGAGAAUAUACCAGGAAUAUUUCCAAAACUGACAACAUUUCUGCUCAACAACAAUGCUUGGCACUGUGACUCCAAUCUGCUCUGGCUCAAAAGAUGGUUAGGAACACCAGCUAUUACUUUCUAUGAGAAUAAAACACCAGCUUGCUGCACACCAAGUAAGCUCAAAGGUAAACUAUUAAGGGAUCUAUCUGAUAAUGAAUAUCUUAGAAGCGCAGCAGCAGAAUACCGGACUGAUAGCAGCAGAUAUGCAGAAUAUAAACCAAGUGGUAACCCAUCUUUGUUAGAAAAAAGCCAGCUGCAAAGAGCAAGGUCCUCAAGAAUUGCAUUUGGUACAAAUGUCUCUGUCCAAGACAGCUUGAAUCAACGAAAGAGGCGCAGGAGUAAAAGGCGGCGUAGCAGGAGAAACAAAAGAAAACAUAGUAGACAGGAAAAGAAGCAGUAAUAAACCAGUAAAUAAAGGACUUUUAUUGUUUAUUACCUCAAAGAACUACUUUAAAGAAGGGUCUUAGAACAACUGUUUAAUUAGAGGAUCUUUUUCUUUUUCUUUUUUUUUUUUUUAUCCCCAUAAGGUAUUAAUUUUUCUGUUGAGAUUUAUUUUCAUGACAGAUGACGGAAGAUAGUCUGAUAGAAGCUACCGAAACCGACCACAGUCUAAAUACAGCAACUCAAAGACAAAUACCAACAGACAGAAAGCAUUCUGUCACCCAAUAUUUUAACGCUUCAAUUCAUUAGUCAAAUGCUUCAAAGUAAUCCCUUCGAACUGACUCUCGUUUAACCAGCAAAAUAUCUGAUUGUUAUAACAUUAGAAGAAUAUUUGAAAAAGAACAAAAACCAAACAAACAAAUAAAUAAAAAAAUUUUAAAAAGUUGGGAACACCAAUGACUACUAAACCGAUGAUGGCAGUAAUUAUGCAAGAUAACAACAACGAUGAUAAUGGUGAUGAGGAUGAUGAUGUGACUAAAUGUAGCAACAUUCUUUUACUAGUUUCAGUAAUUAGAUUGUGGCCAUGCAGGGGCACCGCCUUGGAUAUCCAUUAUACAAACAUAACCAACAUCCGAGAGACAGAUUAACACAUAAUCCAAUGGGGGAUUGCAAGGACAGUGGGGAGAACAAAAAACAAAAUAAAUACACUGAAAGACAGUAUUGUAAUAUGGAGAGCAACUACUACGAGAAGAAAUUAGCAGACAUAAUUAGUUGGAAAGACAAGCUUGAUGAAUUAUUUGACUGAAAUAGGGUCCAAUGGGGUUUGCAAAGAAGUUAAUAACAAAGAAUUAACUGUAAACAAUAUAUAUAUAUAUACCGGAGUAAGCACAUAAAUGUGCAACGAGGUGGAAAAAAGAGUACUCAAAUACCAGAGGUAGAGUAAUAUGCUUUAUUUAAAAGCAGCAGAAAUAUAACAAAAAACUGUUAUACAUAUAUAAAGUAUACAUAUAUAUAGAUGUAUACACACACGAACAUGCACGCAUACACAUAUAUACAUACAUACAUAUAUAUAUAUGCGUGUGCACACACACAAUACAGGCGCGCACGUAGACACACACACACACACACUGUGUGUGAUUUUUCUGUAACCAAACAUCAGCUGUUAUCCUAAAUAGAUUAAUAUUGGGGAAAGGUAAAAAAAAGAAUUUGAGCAAGCAUAAAGCUUGAAGCAGAUUAUAUUAUCACCUGUCAUAUUAUUUGGAAAGCCAUAUUCUCCUCAGAUCUACAAUAUUCAAAUAUAACUGACUUUUUGUUAUCAAGUCAGUAGGACUGUAUUCUCGUAUUUUUAAACGAACACACACACAGACACACACACACACAUGCAAGCAUACAAACUGGAACAUAUAAAAAAAGAAAAGAAAAAAAGGAGAGGAUUAAGAAAAAAACAGGAAAAGAAAAAAAGGGGAAAA